AUGGUGGAUAUUGCCAUGAUAGCCGCAGAUGACAGUGCAGGAUUAACGAGUUACUAUGAACAAAAAAUUGAGCAUUUAGAGCUCACAGUACGUGAUGAAACGCAGAAUCUUCGACGUCUACAAGCACAACGCAAUGAACUGAAUUCAAAAGUACGUUUAUUACGUGAAGAAUUGCAGUUAUUGCAAGAGCCUGGAUCGUAUGUGGGUGAAGUUGUGAAGCAAAUGGGCAAGUCAAAAGUACUAGUCAAGGUGAAUCCAGAGGGAAAAUAUGUGGUGGAUGUAGAUAAGACCAUUGAGAUUGCAAAAUGCACACCAAAUACGCGAGUCGCACUUCGAAAUGACAGUUAUGUGCUACACAAGAUUCUACCGACAAAGGUGGAUCCACUCGUGAGUUUGAUGAAGGUCGAAAAGGUGCCAGACUCGACGUACGAUAUGAUUGGUGGCUUGGAUAAGCAGAUUCGUGAAAUCAAGGAGGUGAUUGAGCUACCGAUUAAGCAUCCAGAGCUUUUUGAUGCUCUAGGUGUGGCUCAACCCAAGGGAGUACUGCUCUAUGGACCACCUGGUACAGGCAAGACGUUGCUCGCUCGUGCAGUGGCACACCACACGGACUGCACAUUCAUCCGUGUGUCGGGUGCUGAGCUAGUGCAAAAAUAUAUCGGUGAAGGUUCACGAAUGGUCCGUGAGCUUUUCGUCAUGGCUCGAGAAGCGUCGCCGUCAAUCAUUUUCAUGGACGAAAUUGACUCCAUUGGUAGCUCGCGUAUGGAAGGUGGUGGCGGUGACUCCGAAGUGCAACGGACGAUGCUCGAAUUGCUGAACCAGCUGGAUGGUUUUGAGCCGGCUCAGAACAUCAAAGUCAUUAUGGCUACAAACCGUAUUGAUAUUCUCGACGCGGCACUGUUGCGUCCCGGCCGUAUCGACAGAAAAAUUGAAUUUCCGAACCCGACGGAAGGGUCGCGCAUUGAUAUCAUGCGCAUCCACUCGCGAAAGAUGAACCUCCUGCGUGGCAUCAACCUGAAGGUCGUUGCUGAGAAGAUGCCGACCGCUUCGGGUGCCGAGUGUAAAGCUGUGUGCACGGAAGCCGGUAUGUUUGCAUUACGUGAACGACGGAUCCAUGUUACUCAGGAAGACUUUGAGAUGGCUGUGUCCAAGGUAAUGAAGAAAGACUCGGAGCAGAACAUGUCGAUUAACAAGCUUUGGAAGUAA